AUGGAUGAGGUUGUGUGGAAAAGAUCAUCACCCAGCACAAAGAUAGCUCGAUACUUGGAAGGGUCGAUUAAAUACUUUAAUACCACUUACAACAACCGAAUAACUCUUCAUUCUGGAAACUUCAGCCUGGAAAUCCAUGAUCUGAGGAAAGAGGAUGCUGCUGAAUAUGAGGUCAUUGUUACAGCAGGAGAUUCAGGAGAUGAACGCAGAAAGCGUAUCCAACUUAAGGUGUACGAGCUUGUGUCAGGAGCAAACAUCACAGUUCAGACCACUGUGACCUGCAACUUCACCUUGACCUGCACCGUGACCUCAGGUGACCCCACCAGCUUCACGUGGUGGAGGAAUGGAGAAGCUUUGGUAAAUGACAGCACGCGGCACAUCCGGGUAGUCGGAAAUACGCUAGAGGUUCAUCACACUGCAGAGGUCGAAGACGCUGUGUACAAAUGUGAGGUCAGGAACCCCAUCAGUAAUGAAGCUGCAGAGAUCAGGCUGAGGGACAUCUGCAAACUGGACACAUGUGAACUCGAAACCAAUCUUCAUGACAAUUUUUCAAAGAGCAUCUCUGCACUCAUUGCAAGCAUCAACAUCGUUGGUGUCAUUGUGGGACUUAUUUUCACGCUAUAUUUCACCCUCAGGAGGAGUGCAGCAGGAGAGAGAGGGUCUGCAGAGCCACUUCCCAACAGCUCAAUUUGCGCAGAAUUUCAGGCAGCAAAGAGCUCGCAGCAACAGGCAGCCUCUUGAAGGAAAUGAGAUGGUAAGAGGAGAUGUAUUACCCCAGUGAGGGGAGUGGAACUGCAGACCGAACUCUUCAGUCCCCUGGGACCAUUCUCACAGUCUGAAGGACAGCCACAUUACCUCGAGACAGGGGUACUAGUGUAAUCUCCUCAGACCAUCCUCACCACUCUGACAGACCACUGGAUGUUCUGGCACAAAGGACAAUCACAGACUCAUCGAGAGCCAAAGCUGAGCUUCCUUACAGUUCUGUCAAAGAUUCCACAGAGCUGAGAAACAUAAGCAAAGGCACCGGGUAAUAAGCAAAGAGAUUGCCCCUCAAACUGAACAGUGACCUUCAUAUUGGUUCAAUCAAAGCAACAAGAUUCCAUUUCCACUCAUAUACAGGGUACACUGUCCCCACACACCCGGCCACAGGGGUACACUGUCCGCACACACCCAAUGAUUGGAGUACACUGUCCCCACACACCCAGCCACUGGGGUACACUGUCCUCACACUCCUGGCAACUGGGGUACACUGUCCCUACACACACACACCCUGUGACUGGGGUAACACUGUCCACCCCCACACCAGUCACAGGGGUGUACACUAUCCAAUCCACACACCAGGUCACUGGGGGUAAACUGUCCCCCUAACACACCCAGUUACUGGGGGAAUUACAAUGUUCCCCCCCACACACAGACCGAGUCACUGGGAGGGUACACUGUGCCCCCCACAUGUGGGUACACUGUCCCCUCCCCAAGUGCCCAGUCACUGGGGUAGUGUCUCCACGCACAGACACUGGGGUAUGCUGUCUCCCUACACACCCAUUAACUGUGUAUUCUGUCCACACACACAGUCACCAUGGUACACUGUCACCACACGCACACCCGGUCGCCGGGGGGUUCACUGCUCCCCCCACUGCGUUACACUCUCCCUCCUUCACACACACUGUCCCCCACACACACGCACCCAGUGACUGGGGUACACAGUCCCCCACACACACUCAGUGACUGUAUUACAGUCCCCCACACACACUCAGUGACUGUAUUACAGUCCCCCCACACACACUCAGUGACUGUAUUACAGUCCCCCCACACACACAUACCCUGUGACUGGGGUACACAGUUCCCCCCUUCACACCCAGUCGCUGUGGGUUGCACUCCCCCCCCCACCCCCUCAACACACCUAGUUACUGGUGUAACUCUCUGGGAAAGGUUUCACUGCUAACGUAAUGGUCUUUCUGUAGAGCCAGUGUCUGGGUUAUGGUGAGAGAUAACGGGUGUUUUCUGAGGUGAACUGUCCAAUGAAGGGGGUGUGUUUUCCGUGUUGAGUGCCUGACACCGGUGUGAGUGGCGUCUUUUUGUUGGUGGGAGAUGAAGGGAGAUGAUGCCGGAGAGUAGAGGUUGGAGGAGUCGACCCUGAGUGGGGUCGUUAUUCGAUGAAACCCGGGGAGAUCGAAGGAGGAUCGGAGAAGGGGAAACUGUGAGCUCCAGCUUGUGCACGUUAGACUGUUCUGUUAAAAUGGGCCCUUUUCUUUUGUUGCUUUUUCUUUACUAACUUCUAGGCAAAUUAAGA